UUGUUCAAAAAAUAUAAUAAAAAUGAAAGUUUACAUAUUAUUUAUAAUAUGUGCAGUUACUUUGCUUCAAUUGGCUGCGUCCGAUCGUGCAGCUGAUAUGAAAGCCAGAAUAGAUCAACUAAAUAGGCAAAAUCAACAAGGAUCCACUGGCAAUCAACCGAAUACAAAUAAAUAUGGACAAAAUGGUUCAUAUAACAAUGGAUACACUAAUGGUCAACAUUAUCCUAACAGUAACCAAAUUGGGCAGGUGAACCGCAACGGUUCUAGGCCUCUGUAUCCUCACCUACCACAAAACAAUAACGGAAAUCCCAAUUGGGCAAAUCCUAAUUACAACCCCAAUGGAGGUACCUAUGGUAAUAAUAAUAACAAUAACAGGUAUCCUGCUUCUGGUUACAAUAACGGUCAGUCAAACCCAAAUGAUCCGUAUAACAGAAACAAUGGAUAUAACUCCAACCAAAACCAACCAGGAAAUCAAGGAUACAAUUCAGGAAGUGGAUACAAUUCAGGAAGUGGAUACAAUUCUGGAAACAAAUAUCCCUAUAAUCAAGGUCAAAACGGUGGAACACAAGGAUAUCACAAUUCUGGCAGUCCUGGAUAUCCUAUCACUGGAAGUCAAGGUUACCCCAACACUGGAAGUCAAGGUUACCCCAACACUGGAAGCCAAGGUUACUCGAACACGGGAAGUCAAGGUUACCCCAACACUGGAAGCCAAGGUUACUCGAACACGGGAAGUCAAGGUUACUCCAACACAGGAAAUCAAGGUUACCCCAUCACUGGAAGUGUAGGUUACCCCAACCCAGCGUAUAAUCAAGGCAAUCAGGGUCAUCCUAACUCAUACAAUUCUGGUAAUCAGGGAUCCAGAUAUUAAUUAAAUACCUAAUAUAACACAUACAGAAGUUU